AUGGAAUUAAAAACUAGUGAUAGUAAUGAUAAUAUAUUAAUACCAAACGUGAGCGUAAUACCAAAGAUUGACGUCAGCGACGUGUCUUCGGAAAAAGAAGAUAAACCCGCAAUGACGGUGGGCCCGGGACUAUACGCCAACCCGGCGAACAAAAACUCAUCGGCGUCUCUUGACAGCGUCCCACUUGAUGUGCCAAAGAAACACAAAAGUCACUCAAAAAAGGAAAAAGAUCAUGAAUCAAAACCAGACCUCAGAAAGCUCUCUAGUGUACAUGACGAAGAAAGCUCCGUGAAUAGUAAACAUGACAAGCACGAAAAGGUCGACUACACGUGCGAAUCUACAUCCACAGCCACCUCCGUUGGGUCCAGCUCCAACCCGAGUGGUCGCCAUGACAACGACCGCGUGGUGUUCCUGUGCACGCGCGGCGAGUGGAUGCUGCUCGACCAACACCUUAGGAACAUCCGGCGCAACCACCCAAGUCUCUCCAGACCGGAACCGGACAAUGGGAUGACCCCGUUGAUGAUCGCGGCCAAGGAAAACAAGCUGGUCAUCGUAGAACGCCUGCUCGAGCUGGGCGUCAACGUCAACGACAGGGCAAAGGACGGACGAACGGCUCUACAUUAUGCUGCGGCUUAUGCAAAAGACGACAUUGUCAAAGUUCUCCUAAAUAAGAAAGCUGACACAACUAUUACAGGAGGGCCUAAAGAUGAGCUGGCCCUUCACCAAGCCUGCGCUCGGACGAGCGGAGCCGUGCCGGUGGUUCAACUUCUCGUCAGGGCGCCCGGCAAAGAUCAAAGACUCGUUACAGAUAAGCUUGGAGCGGCGGCCCUGUUUCUUGCGGCGGAAGUGGGGAACUUGGCGGUGUGUCGAGAGCUUCUGGCCUCAAACCCGGAGCAGCAACUAGCCAUGAAGAGAAAAGACAACGGGGACACAGCCCUGCACGUGGCAUGUCGUCGGCGGGAUAUGGAACUCGCGAGGCUGAUCGUUGAAUCAGGGGCCAACGUUGACCUAAAAAAUAAUGAUGGUCAGUCCCCACUACACAUAUCUGCCUUCGAGGGUGACGAGGCCAUGCUGAAAUAUCUUCUCCUCAACCGAGCCAGCCCCUACCUCGCAGAUAAGCUUGAACGGAGUCCGGUACACUUGGCGGCGGAGCGUGGCCAUACCCACAUCGUCGACAUGCUACUGGACAAGUACAAGUCCUCCCUGGCAGCCCGCACCAAGGACGGCAACACACUGAUGCAUAUCGCCUCAACGUUCGGCCAUCCAGACACCGCCCUCGCCUUCCUCAAGAAGGGCGUACCGCUUUAUAUGCCAAACAAGUCGGGCGCUCUAUGCCUCCACGCGGCUGCCAUGAAGGGCCACACUUCCGUGGUCAAGGCGCUGCUUAUAAAGGGAACACCAGUGGACUCCAGGACCAAGGACCGAUACACGGCACUUCACCUUGCGGUAGAGUUUUGCAAACCCCAGUGUGUCCAGCUGUUGCUUGGCUACGGAGCUCAAGUCGAGGCCAAGGGAGGCAAGUCACAGGAGACGUGCUUACACAUUGCUGCUAGGACCAAGGAAGGGGAGAAAUGUGCCGAGAUGUUACUGAAGAGUGGCGCCGACGUAAACGCUACUCAAGAGAACGGUGAGACGGCCCUCCAUAUAUCGGCUCGCAGUGGCCAGCUCCAUAUGAUAACCGCUCUCAUGGAGGACGGCGCCGACCCGACCGCUUUCUCCAAGGCUGGCGAAACGCCGUUGCACGUGGCUGUACGACACUGCCAUCUUGAGGUUGCCAGGGCAGUACUCCAGUACGUCAGGACGAACAAGUCUAAGAUAGACGCCUACAUGCUGGUCAACCAACCCAAUUAUGAAGGGGAGACAGCUGUACACUACGCGGCGGGUCUGUCCAAGCUCGUGGCACACGACGAGUUUGAGGACACGGAUAUUAUGAAACUCCUGCUGGAAUAUAAUGGGGACACCAACACCCACACUAAAAUGACGUACGAGACGCCGCUUCACUACGCGGCGCGUUCCGGUAAUGAUGACGUCAUGCUGGAGAUGGUUAAGCACAUUGGACCAAAGAGCAUACAGAACGCCGUAAACAGACAGGCCAAGAACGGUUGGUCACCGCUGCUGGUGGCGAGUGAGCAGGGGCACCUAGAGGUGGUCAAGAUUCUUCUCAACUAUCACGCCAGGGUAGACGUGUUUGAUGAGGCUCACGGGAAGGCAGCCCUGCAUCUGGCGGCGGAGAAUGGCCACGACAAAGUUGCGGACAUCCUGCUGUGGCGGAAGGCAUACGUAAACGCCAAGUCCAAGUCCGGCAUCACCCCGCUCCAUCUGGCCGCGCAGAACGGAUAUAACACGCUUGUCCGGCUCCUAAUAGAGACCCAUAAGGCCAGCAUUGACGCUCUCUCACUGGCAAAGAAGACUCCUCUGCACAUGGCCGCACAGUACGGAAAGCUGGAUGUUUGUGCUACUUUACUCAAGCUGAAUGCUGAUGCAAAUGCUGUCGACGAGCACGUGCAAACACCACUUCACCUCGCGGCUGAGAACGACCAUUCGGACGUUGUAAAACUCUUCCUCAAACAUAGACCAGAACUCGUUACCAUGGCAAAUACGGACGGCAUGACAAUCGCCCACAUAGCGGCUGCUAAGGGCAGUGCAGGGGUGUUAAAGGAGCUUAUGAAAUUCAACAAGUCGGUAGUCACAACAGCUAGGAACAAGACACACGAGUCCUCAGCACUGCACCUGGCGGCGGAGGGUGGCUACCGGGAGGUGGUGGAGGCACUUAUAGACGCAGGCGCAAACCCAAGGGACGAAAACGGGGACGGUAACACAGCCCUUCAUCUAGCUGCCAAGGAAGGUCACAUACAGAUCAUGGAGGCCCUAGCUGGGAAGCUCUCGUUCCGAACAACCAGCAGAAAGACCGGUCUGACUGCGAUGCACGUGGCGGCGAGUUACGGUCAGAUGGAUUUCAUCCGGGAGAUGCUGAUUACCGUGCCAGCCACAAUCCGUUCCGAGCCCCCUGGUUCCGGCAACACUGGCAUUAAGGAUCUAAGCGCCGAGCAUGGUCUCGCACCGCUGCACCUGGCGUCAAAGUUCGGACACGAGGGCCUCGUGCGUCUGCUUCUUAACUGCCCCGGAGUCCAGGCGGAGGCCGUCACACAUCAACAGGGCUCUUCCUCGCUCCACCUAGCGGCACAGAGCGGGCACGUGCAUGUGGUUAGCCUGCUGCAGAGUAAGUCCACGAACCUCAUGCAUCUCAAGGACAAGCGCGGCCGAACGGGCAUCAUGUUGGCGGCCGCCAGCGGUCAUAUUGACAUGGUUACACUGCUGGUCGGACAGGGCGCCGACAUCAAUGCAGUGGAUAAGAACGGUUGGACAAGCCUCCACUUCGCUGCAAAGGCGGGCUACCUGAACGUGGUUAAGUACCUCGUAGAGAGCGGAGCCUCCACCAAGUACGAGACCAAGGACGGCAAGAUCCCCAUCUGCUUUGCCGCUCAAUUCAACCACUUUCACGUGCUCAGCUAUCUCAUGCAGAAGAACCACAACUCGCAGAAACUGAUGGAUGAUAAAAAGUUUGUGUACGACCUUAUGUCUUGUGGCAAGCAGAACGACAAUAAAUGUAUCGAGGAGUUCAUAGUCCGCUCCAAAGUACCUAUAGACACAGCUGCCAAACUGUCCAACAACUUCCGGGUGCUAUCGAUCAAAGAGAAGGAGCGGUCAAAGGAUCUAGCGAUGGCGGGAGACUAUUGCGAAAACAUGGCGGUGGACCUGCUGUCCACUGCCGCCAGUAUGAACAGUCCUUCCGUCAUCCUGAAGGCGGUGGACUGUAACGGUGCGCAGUUCCUGGAUGUUUUGAUCGAGUAUGAACAGAAACAAGUGGUGUCACAUCCGGCUGUGCAGAAAUACCUGUCUGAUAUAUGGAUGGGAAACUUAAAGUGGGCGGCGUGGAAAUUCAUGGCCCUGUUCUGCGUGUGUCUGAUAGUUCCCGUGUUCUGGCUAAUCUUCUCCAUGCCAAUGAAACAGAGGUUUAACAAAGUGCCUAUCAUCAAGUUCAUGUCGUACCUGGUGUCACACCUCUACCUAAUGAUUCUCUUCUCCAUGACGAUAGUGUACCCGCUCGUGCCAAUCUGGGAGUCCGGUUCCCUCAUACCGCAUUGGUACGAGUGGCUGCUCCUCGCCUGGCUGUCCGGCCUACUUGUGUCCGAACUCACCAACCCAGGCGACAGGGCGGGCCUCGGGUACCUCAAAGUUAUCAUAUUGGCAAUCUGUGCAAUAGCUAUCGCGUGUCAUUUCCUAGGAUUCGCGUUUCAAGGUGAUGACAGACUUGUUAUGUUGUUUAUUCGCAAUCAGUUCUUCGCUGUGGCGUUGUUUCUGUGUUUUGUACAAAUGCUCGACUUCUUGACAUUUCACCACUUGUUCGGGCCUUGGGCAAUCAUUAUCAGAGACCUUCUGAAAGACUUAACGAGAUUUCUAGUCGUGUUGUUGAUAUUCAUGUUUGGAUUCACACUUCAUCUCACAUCAGUCUACCAACCAGUCUACGCCCCGCCGGAACCGGAUCCAGUCCUCGGUGACGGGGAAGGUGCAGGUGUGUCCAACCCUUACAUCACACCACUGGACGUGUUUGAACUACUCCUGUUCUCCCUAUUUGGACUAGUCGACCCGGACAGCCUACCGACCUUGUACAGGAGCCCAAUAUGGGUGGUGACGAUUGUGAAGAUAGUUUUCGGGAUCUAUAUGAUGGUGACCCUGAUCGUCCUGAUCAACCUGCUCAUUGCCAUGAUGUCUGACACAUAUCAGCGAAUCCAGCAGCAGUCGGACACGGAGUGGAAGUUCGGGCGGGCCAAGCUGAUCCGCAAUAUGAACAAGACCUCGGCCACGCCCGCCCCACUCAACCUCUUCACGAAGCUGUUCACGUAUACUCGAGCGGUAUUCAAACACAGAGGUAAGAUAUGCAGCGCGCAGGUACAGGCGUACAUCCAGGAGGAGGACGACCUUGACGCGAUGUCCGACACCAAGUCCAUGGACUUCCUCGCAAACUCCUCGCAUGUCUGGCUCAAAAACAUCCGCAGGAGGAGCGGUCGCCACGGGCACCACGGCCCUCAGCGGUUGGAGGACGCCAUAGAUUGGCGGGGCGUUGUCCGCCGCUACUACAAGAUGCAGGGCGGCGGAGACGAAAUGUCGGAAGAGGAGGAUGACAGGAACGGCGUUGUCCCUGGCAACGGCAAGGCACACUUCGACAACGGAGACAAAGACUGACAUCCACCAUGACUAUAAACAUUGAACUAUUUACAAAGUUGUUAGUAGUAAACAAGUGGUGUAUACAAAUGAAACGAUCACCAUGCAUGUGAUGUUUAUUAUUUAUGAAAUUUGUUAUUCUGAAUUUGAAAUGUUUACAGGAGAUCAUUUUAAAAUGUUCAUUUCUUUUGUAAAGUAUAAUGGUAAAACGUGGAGUGACGUUGGUUCAACCGUUCUUGAUAAUGACGUUGGUUCAACCGUUCUUGAUAAUGACGUUGGUUCAACUGUUCUUGAUAAAACUGUUUCUUCGGCGUUUUGAAAUAUCACGUUUGUGUAAAAUUGGAUCUAAAAAGAUGUUGUAUCAUCAAAAGUAUCGGUCCACAUCCCAUGUUAAAUGCUGCUACUUCUAUACUUUGUCGAAAAAUACAUGUUCACUGUUUGUUGGUAUAAUUAACAAUAAAUAAAA